AUGUUCAUUCGACCGAUUCGAUUUCUCGGUAUUGACUGGGAGCCACUGAUUGUUCCUUCGAAGAGCCGACUAGAAACUCUUGCCGUCGUCCAUUUCAUGUUCCUUUGGAUAAUAUUACCAAUUAUCUCCACAUGGAAUUGGUACAAAAAUCAUGCAAUUUGGACUCAUUUUGCCGACUAUUUUCCGUUGAAAAUCGUCAAAACAGCAGAUUUGCCGCCCGAUCGCAAUUACAUUAUCGGGCUCCAUCCGCAUGGUGUUCUAUCAAUCGGAGCUUUUACUGCCAUGGUAACCUCAGGAACGGGAUUUCCGGACAUGUUUCCAGGAUUGAAAUCCACAAUUCUCACACUGAAUGGGCAAUUCUGGUUUCCAUUUCCGAAGGGAUAUUGGCAAUUGGUCUUGGUGGAGCUGAAGCGUCACGAAAGUCGCUCGAAUACUUGUUGCAAAAUCCUGGUAAAGGUCGAGCAAUCGCCAUCGUCUUGGGAGGAGCGACAGAGGCACUGGACGCCCAUCCUGGAACACACGAUCUCAAUUUGUCUUCUCGUCGAGGAUUUUGUCGUUAUGCCCUUAAAUAUGGAUCUUGUGCCGAUGUACCACUUCGGCGAGAACGACGUCUUUGACCGCUGGGAAGGAUACACACGUGGUACUCGCCUGAGGGAAAUUCAGACGUGGAUCAAGAACAAAUUCGGAUUUUGUCCACCAUUGGUAAAAGGUCGUGGCAUAUUCAAUUAUAGCUUGGGCAUGCUUCCACAUCGUAGACCCAUCACGACAGUCAUUGGAGCACCAAUC